CAGAGCAGCUGAGCACAGCCCAGCACAGCAGAGACCAGCCCAGCACAGCGCAGCUCCGCUCAGCGCAUAGAGGAACAGCAGAGCCGAGCCGGGCGGACGGAGGUGGUAGCGGCUGCGAAAGGCGAGCGCUGCCCCGUGUCACCCGCUGCCGGAACACCCCGGCUCCCUCCCGGACCGCCGGCGGAAUCUCACCCAGCCAGGGAAGGCGCCCGUCCCCCACUUCGCCGCUUUCCGCCGCCAAUCGCCCGGGACAUCCCCCACACCGAGCCCGGCCGCCGCCGCCGCCGCCGCCGCCGCCGCCGCGCCAUGGCGAUCGCAAGGCAAGUGCUUUGUCUCUCUGCUUUCCUGGCGCUGCCGCUCGCUCGCGCCGAGCCCAUCCGCUACUCCGUAGCCGAGGAGGCGGAAAGCGGCUCCCUGGUCGGCAAGCUGGCGGAGGACGCGGGGCUGACGCCGCCGCAGCUCUCGGCUCGCCGCGCCCGCCUGCUCUCGGAGGACGGCCGGCAGCAUUUGCGCUUAGACCGCGGCUCCGGCCGCCUCCUCGUGGCGGGGAGGCUCGACCGGGAGGAGCUGUGCGCCCACUCGGCCACCUGCAUGCUCCCCUUCGAGCUGCUGCUCUCCGACCCCCUGCAGUUCUUUCGGGUCGAGGUAGUUAUAGAGGAUAUCAAUGAUCAUUCGCCAGUUUUCCCAAAGGAAGGAAUCACUUUAAAGAUUCUGGAAACGAGCGAGCCGGGCUCUCGUUUCCCACUGGAGGUGGCUCAGGAUCGGGAUAUUGGCAGCAACACAGUGCAGGCGUACAGCAUCUCUCCCGACAACGAGUACUUUAGUUAUUUCAGUGUCUCCUACGGGACACGGGUAACAGGCAAGAAGUAUCUCGAAAUUGUCUUGGAAAAAUCUCUAGACAGAGAGGAGGAGGCAGAGAUGAGUUUCAGUGUUAUCGCUGAAGAUGGGGGCUCUCCUCCCAGGAGUGGCACCACCGAAAUUAAGAUUGUCAUUCUAGAUGUAAAUGACAAUGCUCCCGUCUUCACAAAAGAGGUGUACAUUGCACAAGUUCUGGAGAACAUGCCAGAGGGCUCUGUGAUUCUGACUGUGCUGGCAACUGAUCAGGAUGCAGGAGUUAACGGGGACAUUUCCUAUCAACUCAGCCAGACAGUGGAGCAGAGCGACUCAGCAUUUGUGAUUGAUCCCAGAACUGGUGAAAUUAAAAUCACAAAACCUCUGGAUUUCGAGGAAGCAGAAACUCAUGAGCUCAGUGUGAGGGCCACAGAUGGUGGGGGGCUCUCAGCUAUCUGCAAAGUGGUGGUGGAGGUGGUGGAUGUGAAUGACAAUGCCCCAGAGCUGGCGGUCAGUUCCUUCAGCAGUCCCCUCCCCGAGAACACGGUGCCCGGCACCGUGGUUGCCCUGUUUACGGUCAGGGACCGCGAUUCUGGUGCCAACGGGAAGAUCUCGUGCGCCCUGGACGAUCAGCUCUUCUUCUCCCUGCGGCCAGCCUAUAAGAAUUACUACGAGCUGGUGACAGUGAGCGCGCUGGACCGCGAGCGCACGGCUCGCUACGUGCUCGGUGUCACAGCCGCAGAUGCGGGCUCGCCGCCUCUCACGAGCACGCACACCUUCACCGUGGACAUCUCGGACGUCAAUGACAACGCGCCCGUCUUCAACCAGACCUCCUACACCAUGUACGUGCGGGAGAACAACGCGCCCACGGUGUUUGUGGGAGCCGUGAGCGCUGCAGAUGCUGACGUGGGGCUCAAUGCCAAGGUGACCUACUCGCUGGCCCCGGUGCCGGCGGCAGAGCGGCCCUCGUGCUCCUGCAUCUCGGUGAACUCGGAGAACGGACACGUGUUUGUGCUGCGGCCGCUGGACUACGAGCGCUUGCGGCAGAGCGAGGUGACGGUCAGCGCCUCUGACGCGGGCUCUCCUCCCCUGCGAGCCAACGUCACCGUGCGCCUCGUGGUGCUGGACGAGAACGACAACGCGCCGCUCGUGCUCUACCCGGCCCAGGACGGCAGCGCAGCGUCCAGCGAGCUCGUGCCCGUGUCGGCUGAGCCGGGCUACCUCGUCACCAAAGUGGUGGCCGUCGAUGCCGACUCCGGACAGAACUCCUGGCUCUCGUACCACCUGCUCAGGGCCACCGAGCCCGGCCUGUUCAGCGUGGCUGUGCAGAGCGGCGAGGUGCGUCUCAAGAGGCCGGUGACGGAGAGGGACAGCGCCAAGCACAAGCUCCUCGUCCUGGUCAGGGACAACGGCAAGCCCCCGCUGUCAGCCACCGCGGCUCUGAGCGCGCUCCUGCUCAAGACCAGGGAAGGCGCCCGUCCCCCACUUCGCCGCUUUCCGCCGCCAAUCGCCCGGGACAUCCUCCACACCGAGCCCGGACGCCGCCGCAGCCGCCGCCGCGCCAUGGCGAUCGCAAGGCAAGUGCUUUGUCUCUCUGCUUUCCUGGCGCUGCCGCUCGCUCGCGCCGAGCCCAUCCGCUACUCCGUAGCCGAGGAGGCGGAAAGCGGCUCCCUGGUCGGCAAGCUGGCGGAGGACGCGGGGCUGACGCCGCCGCAGCUCUCGGCUCGCCGCGCCCGCCUGCUCUCGGAGGACGGCCGGCAGCAUUUGCGCUUAGACCGCGGCUCCGGCCGCCUCCUCGUGGCGGGGAGGCUCGACCGGGAGGAGCUGUGCGCCCACUCGGCCACCUGCAUGCUCCCCUUCGAGCUGCUGCUCUCCGACCCCCUGCAGUUCUUUCGGGUCGAGGUAGUUAUAGAGGACAUCAAUGACCAUUCGCCUGUUUUUCCAGAAGUUCGAGACACUUUUAAGAUUCCGGAGACGAGCGAGCCAGGCUCUCGUUUCCCACUACAGGUGGCUCGGGAUCUCGAUAUUGGCAACAAUAACAUCCAGGCGUACAGCAUCUUUCCAGAGAACGAGUAUUUUAGUGUUUCCUAUGGAAGCCGGA